UGGUAAGCAAGAAGCCGAUGUUGAUGAAAUAUAAUCAUUUCCACAAUAGUUUGUAAUCAUGCAUGCCUCUAAUCCCAGUAAUUCUAAUCCUCAGCAUUUAGCUCUGUGGCGGUAUUUUUUCCGUCUACAUCAUUACAGAGAGACAAUGAUUUCAGAAGCAAAUUGCAAAAGCCUGCUCACAUUUGCAAGUCAAAUUCUGCAUGUGCUCUCAAGCACCUUGAUUCAAUCAUUAAGAUAGAGGAAAAAAAAACAAGAAUAAAUAUUUCAUUAGAGGUGAAAUGGCACGUCCUGGUGUCAGAGGGGGAUUGUUGUUGUGAUUAUGACUUAAAAUCUUUUGCUAAUCAAAUGCAGGAUAAGAAUGACUGCCAUGAUUUGUGUUGUGGGUUUUGCAAAGAUAAGUAGCAUGUUGCCGCAGGUUGUACCAGCUGACAACCCCCAACAUCCCAGUGCAUGGUCUGACUUUGAAACUAAUGAUAUCAAGAAUAAAGUGUGGCUUUUUAGAAGCACUUAACUUAAAAACCAAGCGACAUCCUAAGCACACAAUCACCAUUUCGCAGCUAUAUUAAUCCAAUACUUCAUAGUCAUUGUCAAACAUUUUCUGACAUGCCCACACUCAGAGUAAUAAAACAUUUCACUCCACGUCUCCUGCACCCCAAACACCCACGCGCCAACAAAUUGUAACAGAAUGCUUUUAACGUUUACAAACAAAAAGAUUAAACAAUCAUCUGCUCUGUAUCUGUGUGGGUAGCUGUACAUCUUAUGAGUACAUACCUGUAGAAUUACGAAAAAGUAUUGUAAGAUAUGGACUCCCAACUCAUGUCCAUUGACAUAUGAUGAAAUAAUAGACACUUUCCUGUGGGACACAUCGUUCAUCAGUUGUAAACAUUACAACAGUAUAAAGAUAUUCUGUUUUGUUCUCAUUAUUUGAUGUAAUAUUAAUUCAUUCAUUUACUCAUUUUCCAUACUGCUUAUCCACGCUCGGGUCAUGGGCGUGCUGGAGCCUAUACCAGUUCUCUUAGAGGGAGAUGAAGGGUACACCUUGAACUGGUUGGCAGGCUCGGCUAGCUCACGUGGCAGCGGAAGCAGAUCUGAGGGCUCCCUUUGCAGACGAGCUUCCCUUGAGGGAGACCCAGCUCGCCACGCUGAAAAACAGAGAAUUUGACGUCCUGAUAAUUGGAGGCGGAGCCACGGGUGUAGGAUGUGCCUUAGAUGCUGUCACACGCAACCUUAACACUGCUCUUGUUGAGAGGAAUGAUUUCUCUUCUGGGACGAGCAGCCGCAGCACCAAGCUCAUCCAUGGUGGGGUCCGCUACCUUCAAAAGGCCAUCAUGAAACUGGACUAUGAGCAGUACAUGAUGGUGAAAGAGGCCCUCCACGAGCGAGCCAAUCUCCUAGAGAUUGCGCCUCAUCUGUCAGCGCCACUUCCCAUAAUGCUUCCUGUUUACAAAUGGUGGCAGCUUCCAUAUUAUUGGGCGGGCAUAAAGAUGUACGACCUGGUGGCUGGAAUCCAGUGUUUAAAGAGCAGUUAUGUCCUCAGUAAGACCAAAGCCCUGGAGCUCUUUCCCAUGCUGAAGAAAGACAAGCUGGUGGGAGCCAUCGUCUAUUAUGAUGGGCAGCACAAUGAUGCCCGUAUGAACUUGGCCAUCGGCCUCACCGCUGCCCGCUAUGGUGCUGCCAUGGCAAACUACACUGAGGUGGUUCACCUCCUCAAGAAAAAGGACCCGCUUACCGGCAUUGACAAGGUGUAUGGGGCACGCUGCCGGGAUGUGCUCACAGGAGAGGAAUUCGAUGUCAAAGCCAAAUGUGUGAUCAACGCCACGGGGCCGUUCACAGACUCAAUCAGGAAGAUGGAUAGCCAGGAAACUGAAAACAUUUGCCAGCCCAGUGCCGGCGUGCACAUUGUCAUCCCUGGCUAUUACAGCCCUGACAACAUGGGCCUGCUAGAUCCCGCCACCAGCGACGGCCGCGUCAUUUUCUUCUUGCCUUGGGAGAAGAUGACCAUUGCUGGAACCACAGACACCCCCACCAAUGUGACUGCCCACCCCAUCCCUGGGGAGGACGACAUCAACUUCAUUCUGAGGGAGGUCCGCAAUUAUCUCAGCCCUGACGUUGAAGUGAGACGAGGUGACGUGUUGGCAGCAUGGAGUGGAAUCCGUCCGCUGGUGACUGAUCCCAACUCCAAAGACACUCAGUCCAUCUGCCGUAACCACAUUGUCAGCAUCAGUGACAGUGGAUUGGUCACCAUUGCAGGUGGCAAGUGGACCACUUAUAGAUCCAUGGCUGAAGAAACUCUGGAUGCUGCCAUUAAAACACAUGCCCUCCCAGCUGAAAAAUGCAAGACAGUGGGCCUGAUGCUGGAGGGUUCCAAAGGCUGGACGCCUACGCUUUACAUCCGUCUGGUGCAAGACUACGGCUUGGAGCAAGAAGUUGCGCAGCAUCUGGCCUCUACGUACGGAGGGAAGGCAUACGAUGUGGCAAAGAUGGCGCUAGUCACAGGGCAAAGAUGGCCAAUAGUUGGGAAAAGGCUGGUGUCUGAGUUUCCAUACAUUGAGGCUGAGGUACUGUAUGCCAUUAAGGAGUACGCAUGCACUGCCAUUGAUCUCAUUGCCAGGCGAACACGAUUGGGCUUCUUGAACGUACAGGCGGCCGACGAGGCCCUCCCACGCAUUGUGCAGAUUAUGGCCAAGGAGUUGGGCUGGAGCCAGGAGCGCAAGACGGCUGAGCUGGAAGCAGCCAAAAGGUUCUUGUACCAUGAGAUGGGCUACCGAUCUCGCUCUGAGCAGUUGACCAAGACAUCCGAAAUGACCCUGGAUAACCAGGAAGUAGCCAGGUAUAAGAAGCGCUUUCAUAAGUUUGACAAAGAGAGCAAAGGAUUCAUCACGACAGUUGAUGUUCAACAAGUCCUGGAUAGUAUCAAUGUCCACAUUGAUGAGAAUGCCCUCCAUGAAAUUCUUAAUGAGGUUGACGUCAACAAGAACGGACAAAUUGAAAUCGAUGAAUUCCUACAGUUGAUGAGCGCUGUCAAGAAGGGCCAAGUGUCCGACAGUCGCCUGGCCAUCUUGAUGAAGUCGGCCGAGGAAACACUGGAUAAGAGGGGCCCUGUGACGGUGGACCGGAGCGGGGGCGGUGUCUGAGCCCAGCCUUUCAGAAGGUCUCCUUUGAACAACCUCAUUUGAAUGACAAUGCAAUCAGGGAGGCGAUGGCGGGAAUUUGGCCAAAUCAAAAGCAAAUUGGCGUCGUUCCUGAGUGUGUUUUGGGUGAAAUAGAAUCCAAUGAUUGAGGUUUGUUUUCCUGAGCGGCCUGUUCAUCUGCAUGUUGAUUGAUUCUCAACAUCGGGUGCCGCCAAUGUUCCAGAGUGCAGUUAUUAUAUCGAAUCUUAUGGGAUCUUUUUUUUUUUUAUCAAACAUUUCUACCUUUAUAGCGCUUUUACAACUCAACACUGAUUGUUGUUUAAAUACUGUUCAUUUAAUUGAAAUGUAAUCUUGUGCUCUAUUUUAAAAGUCAGCAAUCUCUUUACGAGGGUAGAACGUUUGAUUUCAUGAUAAGUGGAAAAGAGACAGGCAAAGAAGCUGAUAAUGAUAUUGAUCAUGUUCUGCCAAACUAAACAAAAGACAUUGUAGAGCUGCAGGUUUCGUGAUGUUUCUAAACUCCGCCUUACUGUCCAGGCACUAACUUGUACAAGCACUUCAACACUUAACUGCAGCCAAUUUUGUGCAAGAGAGACUUCAAGUCCAUCCAGCAAACUGAAGGGGUACAACUUGGUCAACAUCCAACUCCUACUGACACUGAUGUUUACAGGUUUUGAGCUUUAGCUUUACUGUUUCUGCAUUUCGAAAUUAUUUAUAGCUUUUUUUUUUUAACCGCAGACAUUUACUGAGUUACAAUUAACAUUUGCCCCUAUUAUAAAACAAGGUUGAAAAGGGAUUAUAUAUUUUUAUUGUUUACUGAAAUGCAUGUUCAUAUUUUCCAAGUAUUGUCACGUGAACUUUAGUUUAUUUUUUGAAGUGGCAUUUGUAUUUGUGUUAAAUGAGAUUUGAGGAAUGCUGUGUUAAUGCUACACAUGAGAUUCCAAAUUAUAAUGUGUCCAAGCACACCCAAUGAUCAGAUUUACUAAAGAAUGAAUGUGUGACAAAGGCACUGAUGGAUUCUGCCAUGUCAUUGUACUACUUUUACGAGGGCAAGACUCAACUUCAUGGAGUUGUUGAUAUGUCAAGUUUUGAGAAAUCAACUGCAGAAGCUGCCAUUUGGCUUUAAUCUACAUUUCUCGAUAUGUAUCCCACUGGCCUCAAACGCUCAUGUCAGCACGUGCUUUGUGUAACCCCUCCCACCAAGCACCUGUGUGUUUUGGGUGUGUCGUCACUUUGAGUUUGUGGUCCAUAUUUUCACACUAAAGAUUGUCAAACUGCCAAUGUUGCCUGUCAACAAUCGCAAAAUGUGCAUCCCGAUCUCUGAUUGUCUCCUUUUGGAUGAUAUUACAGCUUUAUCUGGGCUCAAAGAGAAUCAUGUUCCCUGUUCUUUUUCCCCCACGUCUACUGUAAGAGUCCCUUUUUUGAGUCAGUAGGAGACAACACCAUUAUCUAAUUAAAUGUAACUUGUUGCUUGAAAAGAUUCUUUUAUUUAUUAUUUUUUUUUUGGGGGGGGGUCAUCUGCUAUCUAACAUCACACCCACUGGGCACCAGCUGACAGGGUGUCCGUCAUGAGAACAUGAUAACAUGUAACUUUAUUUUUAGAAGGCAAAAUGCUAAUAUAAAAAGGUUUAUUAAAUCUAUUGCAAUUUUUGAUGAAAGAAGCUUGUCAAAACAUUUGUUUCACUAUAGUGUGUAUAAUGUGGUAAUAACCAAUCUUUUUACAAUAAUGAUCACCAACUAUACACAGUAAAAUAUGUUGACUUUAAAAAAUAUUCUCUUUAUGAAAACCUUUACUUUAUUUUAUUUUUUAUUAUUAUAAAUUAUUAUUUUUUAUUUCUUUUAUUAUAUUUUAUUAUUUUUAUAAAAUAGUCACUUGAAAUUUAGUCUGGAAGUGCAGUAAUCAAAUUAAAGAUAAUGAUGAUAUUGUAAAAACAUAGAGCAUGUGUUUGAAGAUACACACAUUAGACAUGGCGCCUUGCAUUGUGGUGGACCUUACGUGCACAUUUACAAAUGCUGUU